AUGUCUUGUCCCUCGCCCACGCCGAUCUCGACGGAGUACACGACGUCGACGUCGCUCAUCACCUCCAUCUCCAUCGAUACGGCGACGUUUAGUCUGCCCGGCGGUAUCACUGGUCAGAAUCCAUUUUCGGAAGUGACGAGGACGAUCACCAGCACGCAGCUGCUCACUUCUCCCAUCUCCACCAUCUUCACCACGCCGCCUUGCCAGAGCAGCGAACCUGAGACGACGCAGCAACAAGCGACGACGACGACGCAGCAGCAGGGACCUACCACUCAAGCGCCAGCAGCUACGACGACGACGGUGCAGCCAGUCACGCUCACCUCUGCCAGCACUUCCAACGGUCAAGUCGUCAUCGUCACCCUCACCAGCACGCCCGCUGCUCAGCCUUCCAACAAUUCGGGCUCUGGAUCUGGAAAUGGCGCAAGCUCGUCCAGCAGCGGAGCCUCUCAGCAUACAGGUGCGAUCGUUGGAGGUGUGGUGGGCGGUACGGCGCUGAUCGUCAUCGUGGCAAUCUUGGCGCGAUGGUUGGUGGUGAGGAGCAGAAGGGAUAGGGAUACGAAGGCUCUUAACGCCUUUUUCGGUGCUGGUAGCGGUGGUGGAGGAUUGUUUGGAUUGUCUUUUGGAGGCAAGGAUGAUGAGAAGCAUCAGCAGCAGCAACAACAACAACAACAGCAAAGGGAUGAUUUGGAUAUGAUGGAUGAGGACGAGUAUGCGGACGCACACACUUCCCCGCACCACGCUCAGCAACCUCAGUGGGCGCCUGGCGGUCAUGCCAGCGAAGCUGCCUAUGGACCCGGCAUGGCUGGUGCUGCGGCACAUGGCGCUUAUGGUUGGAACAAUCACGAUGGAGCAUACAGCAAUGCUGGGCCCUACACGCAGUCAGGUCACGGUGGUGGUGCGACCAGCGAUGGUGCGCACGCGCAAUACGCAGCGGCAUUCGCCAACGGCGCUUCAUCCGCAGAUCAUCGCGGUGCUGCUGCUGCUGCUGCUGCACCUUCGCACGGUUCUCCUCCAGGCACGGCGCAUGGCGCUUCUUCAACCGCAGAAGGCGUCUAUCCUCCAUCCAGAUACGCUUUCCUGGACGUGGGUGCAGGUGCUGGACCUACCGGCGCAGCUUCUGCGGGCAACGAUGCAGCACCUCCCUACGCACCAGUACCGCCACUGAGCGGAUCCGCAUCCGCAUCCGCAUCCGCAUCUCACAACCAAACGCCAAACUUGUCCGCAGCUCCUUCCUUCAACAAUACGAGGACACCCGAUGCAUCGUCAGCAUCCAGAACUCAAAAUGCUUCCUCCCAGCAGCAGCGCGAGCAGUCGCCUUUGCAAGCCUACAACAACAACAUGGCCAGACAAACUUCGCAGAUCCUUGCCGGCUUACCACCUAGCGCGCCCACCUCUCCUCAGCAGCGCAACAACAGACCUUUGAGCAGCGGUGGCGCUGAAAGACCUGCUGCGGCGCAUGAAGACGAUGCGGAGACGGAGAGAGUCGCAGCUCAGCUUUGGGGAGCUCAUAGAGGUCUGCGCGUGGCCAAUGCGGAGGUGGGAACGCCUUGA